AUGACCGCGACGCUCGUCCUCGCGCUGCUUCUGUGCGCCGCCUCGUCGCACGCCGUGCACUUCGACGUCCGCAGUCAAGCAGAAAAGUGUCUCAGCGACGAGAUCGCGCACGGCAGUCUCGUGGUCGUGCACUACAACGUGCUGGGCGGCGUCCGCGGCCAGUCGGGUGUCUCGCUCGUCGUCACGGACCCGCAGCGCAAGUUCCUCAAACAGGACGAGAACAUCGACACGUCGAGCGACGCGGUGCACAAGUUUUCGUUCACGGCCGGUGCUAGUGGCGUCUACACUGUGUGCUUUGCCAACAGCCACCGCGACAAGGCAGCGCGCGUCUUGCUCGAGCUCAAGCACGGCGUGGAAGCCAAAGACUACUCGGAAGUGGCCAAGCGCGAGCACCUCAUGCCCGUGGAGAAGGAGCUCCGCAAGAUGGAAGACACGGUCGAGGAGAUCCACCGCGAGAUGCUGUAUUUGCAGGCGCGGGAAGCUGCGAUGCGCAACACGAACGAGUCGACGAACGCGCGCGUGCUCUGGUUUAGUUUUCUGUCGAUUCUUGUGCUCGUGGGCAUGGGCGUGUGGCAGGUCUUGUACCUCAAGCGGUUCUUCAAGAGCAAGAAACUCAUCUAA